GUACCGACCCAGCUGUAAUGCGUGGUGUUUACAACUAGUAAAAUCCUCUAAAAAUGUGUGUAUAUUUGUUAAGUUAGGUAUUCAUUGGUGCAUUGACUAGAUUUAGCAUUAACUGGAGCCGAUAGGCAACACAAAAUUCACCAUGUCAUCGCCGACUUCAACUAACAAGGGUGAUCUCAAACGUAUUAUCAAAUGCUUCUGCGGAUGCACCGACAUGACCGUGGAGGAAGUUCGCCGGAUAUACAGAUUAGCAAACAGCGUUCGUGAAACUUUAUUGGACUCGGAGGCGUCUAGACUGCUACGGCAAUUUAUGACAUUACACCGAUCGGGUGACAGAAGCGAAGCAGAACAGUACCUAGAUAUUUAUGAAAAAUGUUCUGAGUUCCUUAAAGAAGAUCAACAUACCUUUGCGCAAAACAAUAUCGAAGAAUUGUGCGAUUUGGGCUUGCCCUACGAUCUUGAGCAGGAUAUGACUCGGCGUAUGCUUAACGGUCAACAAACCGAUAUAAAACUGGGGCUCAACCGUAUUCAGGGCAAAUGCUGCAAGGAAAUUGAGGUUAGCCAAAAUUUCGAUGAUUUCAAAAAGGCUAUUCUCAAAAAGCUAGCGCAUUGAUAUUACACCACCGACAUACAGGCAUGUGAUGCACUUGCUUAACAAUUCUGUCCACGUACCACAACAAACCUCCUUUAAAAGCUUAAAGUGCCUUUGUAGCGCUUUCAAACAUCACAACUUGUAUAUAUAAUAUGUAGCAACGUUCAAUAUUCUAGAUGUUCUGAUUUUUCUUUUUUGCCACAUUUGUAAUUAUAUAUUUUUAAUAAGAACUUAAUCGACGAUCAGAACAUACAGAUAAGACAUUUCCACUUCAGAAAUAAAAAGUUUGCUUAUCAAGAGAAGUCGUUGGAAUUGUUUGCCUUCG